AUGGGCGGCCAGGCGCAACACGAUUGCUCCGCUCUCCCUGCCUACUUGCAGACGAUUCUGGACCAGUUAACAGACGACCAUAGUGUUGCCCUCAGCUAUCUGAACGGCCCGUCAGUAGCAGAGAUCAGAAAGAUUACUGAUCGGCGGAGGAGAUUCGCAUACCUUUUGCUGGCUCGGCAUCGCUUGACUGAACGAUUAGCGAAAUGUCCCGGUCCUUGUCCCGAGCUGAUACUCAAACGGGCAGAAGUCUAUGAGGCCUUGGGCUACAGUGAACUGGCUUUGGCAGAUGCGUAUGUCUCGUAUACAUUAUGCUUGGUUGCUCUUGACGGGCCUGAUAUUUCCGAUUUGGUGCCGGUCGAUUCGGAUGGCGAGCCCUGGCCGUCAAACGAGCCUGAGCAGGAAGAGCAUGAGUCCACUGCUGUGGCCCUGAAGCACAAGUACUGGUCUCUCGUUAUAAUGUGUCGUUCCGCCAUCAUUUUGGGCGUUCAGAUCCAAGCGAAGCUCUGGAUCGACGAGAUCCUGGCGGUGACGAGAGCCAUUCGUGGGCUGGAAGGAGACGAGACAACGGACAAGGCCAAAGACAUUGACGAAGUGACGGAAGAUUUCUGCAAAUACUCGACCGUGUAUGAGGAUGAGUCGAAGUUCAGAAAAUGUGUGGGGAUACUGCGGCAAGAGAACCAUAAGCCAACCGUGUUCGGCUGGUGUCAGCGGCAAGUGUACCCCUGGAAUGAACACGAGCCGGAAAGGAUGUCCAAAGAGGCAUUAAAAGAGAUCAACGACAAACUCCACGAGGCAGCCCCAGACCUGGAGGUGGAAAUAUCCACGCUACCGACGCUCACGCCGUCCCUCGAACUGGGCGUACAGAGGCUAUCCGUUGGCGAGAAAGAACCCAGCGUAUCUACCCACGCCAAUUGCUCCUCGCAACUCGGCCUAUUUGCCAAAAAGCAGCUAGCACCUGGAGCCACCAUCCUGAAAGAGCGAUCAGUCUUGACGGGCAUACGACCGCACGGGGAAGCACUUUGCGACGCCUGCGCAGCUGAUCUGGAAGGGGCUGAUCAAGCAGAUCGCAGGUAUUGUACAGGAUGCCAUAUCCCGUUCUGCUCUGAACACUGCCAAUCAGCUGCAACGCAGCGAUAUCACCAGCCGAAUGUGGACGACUACGAGACAGACGAAGGCUAUCCCCCAGCCGAAGCACCCUUCUGUGCAGGGACGAAUGGCAACGACGACAUCCACAAUAUCGGCCGGGCUGAGAGCUCGACAACUCCAGAAUGGGACUUGUACUUCCUCCUGCUGUCUCGGACGAUGCAGAUGUCGGAGACGCAGAAACUGCAUCCACUCGACCUCUUUGAGACCAAAUAUCUCUGGGGCGAUUUCUCUCCGACGCCCAAUGUUGUUGAUCUGUCCAUCAAGAGCGGUCCAAAGACUCUGCCCUACAGCGUACGGCAUCAUGUCGAACUGCCCCUGCAGUGGUUUGAGAUUCUCAUGCAUUCGCGCGACAGGUGCAGACCCUACAGUGCCGCUUGGCUGAAGAAGUAUGACUGGUGGAUCAUCCAGACACUGUUCGCCAAAUUCCGGGGAGUGGCCGACGCCCAACAGUCGACAUGGACCGGUAAGCCUGAGGUAGCUGCUGUUCACCCACUCUGGUGUCUGGCAAACCACAGCUGCAACCCGAACGUGACCUGGAAGCCGUCUGGGGUCAGAAACCUGACUGUCGUGAAGGAAAGAGUCUGGGAACGCCCUGACAAGCCCAGCAUACUGCCGUGGGAGGGGAUUCGUGCCGGUGAAGAGAUCUGGAACCACUAUACCGAUGUCCAAGAGAAAGACCACCGGGAACGGCAAGGCCGCCUGCAAGCUGUACUGGGAGGUGAUUGCAGGUGUGAGAGGUGCACAUAUGAAGCAAGACGGCACGCUGCCACAAGACUGGGCGAAUCGGCUCGACACCAUGCAAAUACUUCGUCCAGGUCGAUCGGAGGCUCUCGUUCCUCGGUCGGCGGCUAG